AUGUCAGAGAACAGUGGAAACGUGCCUUUCCCCCGCCUGCCAUUCCCAUCAGUUGAUAGUUGCGCUGUCUGCAUAGCUGACCACCCACUGAAGCCAAGACACGUGAAACUGCUGUCCACUAAGAUGGGCCUGAAAGUCACGUGGGACCCACCCAAAGAUGCCACCAGUAGGCCCGUGGAGCAUUACAACCUUGCCUACGGGAAGUCACUGAAAAGCCUUAAGUACAUCAAGGUGAACUCGGAGACGCAGUCCUUCCUUAUUGAGGAUGUGGAGCCGGGGGUAGUGUACUUUGUGCUGGUUACUGCAGAAAACCACAGUGGAGUGAGCCGGCCCGUGUACAGAGCGGAAAGCCUGCCUGGAGGUGAAUGGAUCCAGAUUGAUGGUUCCCCCAUUAAGGGUCCAGGACCAUUUAAUGAAACCGUCACAGAAAAGGAAGUGCCAAACAAGCCCUUGCGUGUCCGAGUCCGAUCCUCAGACAACCGGCUGUCCGUUGCGUGGAAGGCGCCACGCCUGUCUGGAGCCAAGAGUCCACGCAGAUCCCGGGGUUUCCUUUUGGGCUACGGGGAAAGUGGCCGGAAGAUGAAUUACGUUCCACUGGCCCGAGAUGAGCGAACGCAUGAGAUCAAAAAGCUGGCCUCUGAGUCGGUGUACGUGGUCUCCCUGCGGUCCCUGAACUCCCGGGGCCAGAGUCAGCCGGUCUACAGGGCUGCCCUCACGAAACGGAAGAUUUCAGAGGAGGAGGAGCUGGACGUCCCUGAGGACAUCAGUGUCCGGGUCAUGUCAUCCCAGUCUGUGCUUGUAGCCUGGGUGGACCCUGUUGUGGAGAAGCAGAAGAAAGUUGUUGCGUCCAGGCAGUACACGGUGCGCUACCGAGAAAAGGGGGAACUGGCCCGCUGGGAUUACAGGCAGGGCUCCAACCGGCGCGUGCUGAUCGAGGGCCUGCUCCCCGACACCAUGUAUGAAUUCGCAGUCCGCAUUUCACAGGGGGACAGAGACGGCAAGUGGAGUACCUCCGUCUUCCAGAGGACUCCGGAAUCCGCUCCUACGACGGCUCCGGAGAACUUAAAAGUCUGGCCAGUCAAUGGCAAAACCACAGCUGUCACUGUAGCUUGGGACGCGCUGCCUGAGACUGAGGGCAGAGUGAAAGAGUACAUUCUCUCCUACGCCCCCGCGCUCAAGCCCUUCGGAGCAAAGUCCCUCAGCUUCCCCGGAGAGACCACUUCUGCCCUCGUGGACGGCCUGCAGCCUGGGGAGCGCUAUCUGUUCAAAAUCCGGGCGGCCAACAGGAGAGGAUCGGGGCCUCACUCCAAAGCCUUCAUCGUCGCUAUGCCAACAAGCAGGACCAGUGAGCCCGAUGCCCAGCAGAAAGCAGGCGCGACGGAGACCUGGAAGCAAGAAACCUCGCAGCCGCCCUCGCCUCCCAGGGCCGCAGCUCCCUCGAAGCACGCCCACCUGCCCGUUUCUCCCCAAGGCAGACAUGCCAAGCACCCUCCUGACUUGAAGAACAAAAUACCGGCCAACGGUGGGGUGCCCAGGAAACCCCAGGCGGCAGAGCUCACGGAUGCGGAGGAACUGGACCCCCAAGGAGACCCCCCGACGUCGCCCUCCGAGACCCAGGACCAGCAGCGCCAGCCCAGGAGGAGGCGGAAGAGGAGGAGGAGGAAGACACUGGCCCCCCUCCUCCGUCCCCAGGGGCAGCAAAUACGCAGACAGGAGCAGCGCGGAGACGGACUCUGCCAGCGCGCCUGCUGCCCCCCGAAGGGGCUCCCCCCAGGAGGAGAGCCCCACUCCCCCGCAGCGGCCUCCAUGCUGUCGCUGCGGCAGCGCAUGAUGCAGUCGCGGUUCCGGAACCCCUUCUCCCGCGCGCCCGCCAGGCCCUCUUUCAGACAAGGUUAUAACGGCAGGCCAAGUGUAGAGGGGCAAGGACUGCCCGGCACUAAUGGAAAACCGAGCGGACAGAGAAUUAUCAAUGGCCCUCAAGGAACAAAGUGGGUGGUGGAUCUUGACCGUGGGUUAGUAUUGAACGCAGAAGGAAGGUACCUCCAAGAUUCACAUGGCGAUCCUCUUCGGGUUAAGCUAGGAGGAGACGGGCGGACCAUUGUGGAUCUGGGAGGGACCCCCGUGGUGAGCCCUGACGGGCUCCCCCUCUUCGGGCAGGGGCGACAUGGCAAACCCCUGGCCAGUGCCCAGGAUAAGCCCAUUUUGAGUCUUGGAGGGAAGCCUCUGGUGGGCUUGGAGGUCGUCAAAACAACCACCCGUGCCACCACCACCACUACCACCACCACCACCACCAGAGUGAUGGUGAACUCUUUCACCACCCGCCGCACCACCACCACCACCACCCGCCGCACCACCACCACCCGCCCAACCACCACCAUCCGAACCACCACCCCGACAACCACCACCACCCCCGAGCCCACCACAGCCGUCCCCACCUGUCCCCCCGGGACCCUGGAGCGGCAUGACGAAGACGGCAACCUGGUUAUGGGCUCCAGUGGGGUCCCGGAGUGCAUCCCCGAAGAAGAUGAUUUCUCAGGAUUGGAGACGGACACAGCCACACCCACGGAAGAGGCCUAUGUUGUCUAUGAUGCAGAUUAUGAACUUGAGACCUCCAGGCCACCAGCCUCCACCAGGCCCCCCACCACGGCCGCCACGCCUGCCGUCAUCCCAGCAGAAGGCACCAUUAGCUCCUUCCCCGAGGAAGAGUUCGACCUGGCUGGGAAGAAGCGAUUUGUUGCUCCUUAUGUGACAUAUCUAAGUAAAGAUCUAUCCGCCCCUUGCUCUCUGACCGAUGCUCUGGAUCACUUCCAAGUGGAGAGCCUGGAUGAAAUCAUCCCGACUGACAUGAGGAAGAAUGACCUGCCUCCGCAGCACGCGCCCCGCAAUAUCACCAUUGUUGCUAUGGAAGGCUGCCACUCAUUUGUCAUUGUGGACUGGGACAAAGCCACCCCGGGAGAUGUGGUAACAGGCUACUUGGUUUACAGCGCAUCCUAUGAAGACUUCAUCAGGAACAAGUGGUCCACCCAGGCUUCGACGGUCACUCAUUUGCCCAUUGAGAACCUGAAGCCAAACACAAGGUAUUAUUUUAAAGUUCAAGCCAAGAACCCUCAGGGCUAUGGACCCAUCAGCCCGUCGGUCUCAUUUGUCACGGAGUCAGACAACCCUCUGCUUGUUGUGAGGCCACCAGGAGGUGAGCCCAUCUGGAUCCCAUUUGCUUUCAAACACAACCCUGACUACACGGACUGCCAUGGCCGGCAGUAUGUGAAGCGGACGUGGUACAGAAAGUUUGUGGGCGUCAUUCUCUGUAACUCACUGCGGUACAAGAUCUACCUCAGUGACAACCUGAAAGACACAUUCUACAGCAUCGGAGACAGCUGGGGAAGAGGUGAAGACCAUUGCCAAUUUGUGGAUUCACACCUGGAUGGGAGAACGGGGCCUCACUCCUACAUAGAGGCCCUCCCUAGCAUUCAAGGCUACUACCGCCAGUAUCGCCAGGAGCCUGUCCGCUUUGGCAACAUUGGCUUUGGGACCCCCUAUUACUACGUGGGCUGGUAUGAGUGUGGCGUCUCCAUCCCAGGGAAGUGGUAACCACAGGACGAGCAUGCGGAAAGCUUGCCCUGCCCGGCCCCCUGGACUAACUCGCACUGAGGGCUGAGCAGGAAAAGGAAGACGGCGCCUGUCCCAAGCCCCUCUGCCCCGUGUCAGCAAGGCCACAAGGUGGACACUGGAUAUUUGGGGCAUCUUCAGUCUGGACUCAGCCCCACUUCCUGGCCUGGACCACACACGGGAUUCAAUGUUGCUGUUAAGUUUGCUUCUCCACACGUUUUGCUUAUAAUAGCACAUCCCAGAGACAACCAAAGCACACAGCUACCAGGGAUGCCCACUGAUUCAGGGUGAUUUUCACACUUCUUAGGCACAAUAUCCAGACCAUCGGUAUCUCCAGAGAACAGCAGAAGCUGGCUUCAUGGGAUGCUACACGUUCUUUUUUCACCGGACUCCUCCCGAACUAGCUGACGUUAUGCUCCUGGCUCUUUCUCUGCAGGAGAACGAAUUACUCAAAUCCUCACCCAAGAAAAUAUAUCCUGCUUAAGAUUUAUCCAUGACUCACCCACUGCUAGACCAAAUGUAUCAAAUCUUGGUCAAUCUCAUUUUGAUAUAUAUAUGUAUAUAUGCAUAUACAUAUCCACACUUGUCUGCAAGAAUGUUGAUUAAAAUCGCUAAAUUUGUACCUGUUUAUUAGAGAAACGUGUGUGGGACUUUUGGGAGCAAAGGUGCCAUUUUCGAACAUCUUAUUGAGGUGUCCAGAGCAUGCGUUCUCAGCAGAGGAAAGCCAUGCCUCCUUCCUGUGCGUGCUGCUGAGCUGUGGGUGGUGCGGGUACUGCCGCAGGGUGGCAGACUCAUUGCAGACCGAGUGCCUUCGGUCUCCCACGCCCGUGUGGAAACGCGCGGCUGUCUCUGUGGGGACAGACCUAGCAUGUUUGCAGAUUAAGAGUUUAGGUCUCGAGUGAUUCGAAAAUCCAGUCUUAAAGAAACCCCUUUCCCUCUCCUGCCUGGCUCAGUGUCUACUUCUUGAAAUAAAGCACCUUACCCCUCUU